AUGGCUCCUAAAAUUAAGGAGCAAAUUACGAUAAUUUUUUCAGAUGAAAAUAAAUCUAAUAAUAGUCAAAAAUUGGCCUCAGAAAUCGCCUUAGAAUAUUUAAAUGUUAAACGCAGUUCCAAAUGCAUACCUUUAGACUCAUUGUUGGAUUUCAAAAACGAACCUUCUUCCAGAAAUUCCAAUGAUUCAGAAAGUUCAGAUGGUUCUUUUUCAGAGUUUGCUAAUAUUUUAAAAAAUGGUAGUACUCAUCAAAAUGAUGAAAGGAAUAUAAUUAUUUUCGUUUUUGAAAGUCAUAGGAGAAAUUUAGGAAUAAUGAAACUUGAAAAUGUACUAAACGAUUGGUUAUCUGACUUUAGAGUUGAUAAGUCUAUAUUUUUGAACCUUAAUGUUAUAUUCGUGAUCCAAGAAAAUGAUUUUGGUUCCGCUGAUAUUGGAGAAAAUGAAGAUUUCGUGAAUAAUCUGAGAGAACUCUUGGGAAAUUUGGGCUCAAAAAUUCUUUUUCAGAAAAAUUUUUACCUCAAAAGCGGCGAUGUUGGACAAAUUCUGUCUUUAAUUGACCUCAUUUCCGAUGCAUCCUCAUCCAUACCUAGUUCAUACGUUAACAAUAAUACAAACCACAGAAAUGUAAAUGAUACAAACGGUGUUAACACCUCAGAUGAAACAUCUGAAGAAGAGAAUGUUGAUAUAGAAAAUUUGGCAGAAAUGAGCCAAGGAAUGACAACCUCAAAACAACGCUUUCAACUAAUAAAACAAGGAUAUAAACUGAUAGGGGAUCAUAGUGCAGUAAAGCUUUGUAGAUGGACUAAGUCAAGGGUUAGAGGUCACGGCGGAUGUUAUAAGCACACCUUUUAUGGGAUAAAUUCUAAUCAGUGUAUGGAGAUGACACCGAGUCUGGCGUGCGCUAACAAGUGUGUAUUCUGCUGGAGACACCACACCAACCCAGUGUCAACCAAAUGGAAAUGGGACCAAGAUGACCCCAAAUUCAUAGUUUCAGAGUCAAUUACAGCACAUCUGAAACUAAUAAAAGAAUUGAAGGGGAUUUUUGACACCAAGCAAGAAAGAUUUAACGAAGCACUUAAAAUAAGGCAUUGUGCCCUUUCUCUGGUUGGGGAACCAAUUAUGUACCCGCAAAUUAACGAACUUAUAAGGGAAUUACAUACAAAUCAAAUUUCGACAUUUCUGGUAAUAGUUUACGUAACAAAUGCUCAAUUCCCAAAGGAAAUGGAAACUUUGGUACCAGUCACACAAUUAUACGUUUCAAUUGACGCAUCUGAUAAAGUGAGCCUUAAAAAUAUAGGCAAGUUAUAUACGAGACUAAUUUUUUUAGAUCGUCCUCUGUUUAGAGACUUUUGGGAACGUUUUUUAAAGUGUAUUGAGUUGCUUAAAUAUCGCAGAGAACGGACAGUUUUCAGACUUACACUAGUCAGGAACUUCAAUAUGACUGAACAAAAGGAUGAAAUUGAGGGAUAUGCUAACUUAAUAAAGCUUGGAGAACCUGACUUUGUUGAGAUUAAAGCUGUGACCUUUUGCGGAAAUGUUGAGGGAAAUGCCAUCACGAUGAAAAAUGUUCCCUGGCAUGACGAGGUUUGUGGAGAUUUUGUUGAAUUGUUCAGGUUGUUGAGUACUUCUGUGAACACAGGCAUACAUGUUGUAUUCUUAUCGCAAAAAAUGAGUACUUUCUAUUUAUUACCUAAAAUACUUAAAUCACAGGUCACUAAUGGAAUUGAAUUUUCUGCAUUGGAUUAUUCUUGUGAGACCCCUGAAUGGGCACUAUUCGGAUCACCAGAACAAGGAUUUGACCCUGAAGAUACUAGGUAA